AAAUAUUGUUAAGUUUUAACAAGAUAUUAAAUUUUUAUAUUAUUUUUAACAAUGGCUUCUCAUACUUAUAUUCAAUUGCCUUUAUCUCGUCGUAUUAAAGUUUUAGUAAAGCAUCCACAAUUCGUAUGGUUUAUUGGUCAUAGUGUUCUUUUGCUUUUUUCACUUCGUUAUCUUUUCUCUUAUCUUACUUUUUCAUCUAUUCGCCAUGUUUUUUCAUAUCGUUGUGCUUUCCUGGGAGCCAUUUUGACAUAUAGUAUUGUUGUUUAUAAGACGUAUAGAAAAACGUAUACAAAGAGCAAAAUAGAUUUGAAUGUUAUAUUGCGUAUUUGGUUGGAUGAAAAUUUCCAAUAUCUUUUGCUUGCAACUGUAUGGUUUUUAUCGAGACCAGUCGCAUUGAGUUUAACUCCAUAUGUGAUUUUUUCUUUGUUUCAUUUUCUUACAUAUCUUCGGUCAAAUGUCUUGCCUACAUUAAAUCCUAAUGCACUUAAGCUGGAUGAAAAUUGUAUAGAAGCUAGUAUUUGUAGAUAUAUUCAAUUUCUUAUCAAACAGCAUUACGAUUCUGCGAUGAAACUUGUAUCUAAAGUUGAAGUUAUAUUGAUAGGAACACGUGUUUUGAUUGGUGCAUUUACGUUUCAAAAUUCAUUUACGGUUCUUUUAUUUUAUGCCUUCUUUAUACGUUAUCGCUAUUUUACUUCAACAUAUACAAGACAGACAUUUGUUCAUAUUUCUAUCUAUAUUGAUCAUUUGGUAGCAGAUAGCCGAGUUCCAGGUUCUGUGCGCAAUUCAUGGGUCUCUAUAAAACGAUUUAUUAAAGACUAUGCAGCACGAUCUUUUAUAAAUGCUCCAUCUGAUCCAUUAACUAAUAAAGAGUCUCAUAAUAAGCAACAAUAAAUUAUGUUUUUAGAGAUUAGUAUUUUUUAAAUAAUUUAAAUAUGUAAUAUUUAAAUUAAAUCUUAUAUUGUUUAAUACUAAAAAUUAAGUAUUUACUAAAAUAAAGUGUAUAAGAACAA